AUGCCCUUCAAAUCUAUUCUUCUCCCAUUUGCUGUAAUUUUCGUAACCGUUGUUGCUCUGCCCGUCCGCCAAAAGCGCCAAUGGGCUGGGAUUGCGCCGACAACUCUGCUUACUGAACAUAGAGCUCGCCAAGAUCUGGCCAACAGCCAAUUUCUGGCCAACCAAGCCACCGCCGAUGCGAAUUAUCUUCAAAGAGUAAACCAGGGGCGUCAGCGGCAAGAUUUACUCAAUUCUCAGAUUGCAUCCAACCAGGCCGUUCGGAACGCGGUGAUCGGCGGACAGCCUGGUGGAUUCGGCCUUGGAAGAGGCGGUUGGAACGGUGGAAGACCGUUUAAUUCUUGGGGAUAA